AUGGCUUUUACUCCAGAACAGGUUUAUGGUGUAUGGAAACUCGUCGGUUACAAUCUUUAUCACGCUGAAGAUCCCAGCGGCAAGUCAAUCCUCCAGCCUCUUGGGGAGUCACCGCUUGGACGCAUCAUGUUCCUGCCUUCCAAAUACAUGCAUGUUUCAAUGACUUCACCGGGAAGAGCGGAGAAUAUGGCGUCUCCGGCUUGGUACCUGGCUACUGAAGCUGAGCUGGCCUACGCCGCGAAGUACGUGACGAUGUACUGCGGGCCCUUUCAAAUUUAUGAAGAGGAUGGAGAGACGAGAGUAGAUACUCACGUUGAGGUCUCACUUGAUCAAACUUGGAUAGGAACCCACCAAGUGCGGCGGGUGGAGUUGUCCUACGAGAAUGAGAAGUCAAUUUUGACCUUGACCCCUCUCCAGGAGUUUUCACUAGCCGAUGGGACGAUGACGAUAGCACGGCUUGUUUGGGAAAAAAUCCACGACGCCAACUAG